GACCCAGGUAGGGACAAUGUCCCCUGCCAUUGCACUGGCAUUCCUGCCACUCGUGGUAACACUGCUGGUGAGAUACCGGCAUCAUUUCCGACUGCUGGUGCGUACAGUCCUGCUGAGAAGCUUUCGAGACUGCCUGUCAGGACUUCGAAUUGAGGAGCGGGCCUUCAGCUAUGUGAUCACCCACGCCCUGCCUGGAGACCCUGGUCACAUCCUCACAACUCUAGACCACUGGAGCAGCUGCUGCGAGUACCUGAGCCACAUGGGCCCUAUUAAAGGUCAGAUUCUGAUGCGGCUAGUGGAAGAGAAGGCCCCUGCUUGCGUGCUGGAGCUGGGCACCCACUGCGGAUACUCUACACUGCUUAUUGCCCGAGCCUUGCCCCCUGGGAGCCGACUUCUCACCGUGGAGCGGGACUCACGGACAGCAGCAGUGGCUGAAAAAGUCAUCCGGCUAGCUGGCUUCGAUGAGCAAAUGGUGGAGCUCAUUGCAGGCAGCUCAGAGGAAGUGAUCCCACGUCUAAGAGCUCAGCACCAGCUGAAUCGGGCAGAUCUGGUGCUCCUGGCACAUCGACCUCGAUAUUAUUUAAGAGAUCUGCAGCUACUGGAGGCCCAUGCUCUGCUCCCACAUGGUGCCACUGUAUUGGCUGAUCAUGUGCUUUUUCCUGGUGCACCCCGCUUCCUACAAUAUACCAAGAGCUGUGGUCGCUAUCGCUGCCGCCUCCACCACACCAGCCUCCCCGACUUCCCUGCCAUCAAGGAUGGCAUAGCCCAACUCACCUAUACUGGACCUGGCUGAGGUCCAGGACCUGGGAUCUUUACUAAUACAAGCCCAACCCCACUCGAGCAGACCUCAAAAUAUCCCCUUUCCCUUUCUGUUUAG